AUUUUAGAUUUCUAAGGUGACUGUUUAUUUUGUUUAAAUUAAAAACAGAACCACAAAACUCAGGUAAACACGGAACAAAGGAGACCUUACCCAGAAAUGCCGAGUUCCCCGUUCAACGAUUCCGGCGGCGAAGCAGAAGCGGCCGCAGUGGACCGCAUCCUGGAGGAACUGAUCGAAACUAUUGAGACCACGACCACUACCACAACAACCACCUUCGAGAUGUUCCAGGUGCCGGAACCGCCCACUCCAAGGAGAUGCAUGGAACUGGGUUGCCAACUGGCUAGAGAACCGUUCCGCUGGACGGGACUUGCGCUGGAGCGCGAGGACGAUCUGAUUUCGGCCGUGCCAGACGCGGUGUCCAUAGCGUCGUCCACCGAGGAACCGACCACCGAAGACGGGUUAAUCACGAUUAUGGUCGGGGAUAGCAGCGACGACAUGGACGUAGAUUCGGAGCCGGAAACUAAAGCCUCUUUGGAGCUGGUGAAGACAAAUUUGGAAGUUGCACCUCGGCAGGAGCUGGAAGUGGUGACCACGACGACGACCUGUAGAUUGAAUAGCAGCGCCUGGAUCGAGGGUUGCAAUGACGAACCGCCGGAACAGAUCACGUGGCAGAUUAACGACAUCGAACUGAACACGGCCGAUUACUAUCGGAACUUUUUUAUUGUGUGGAACCACUUUAACCUGGUUGGGCAUGAUCGGCAUCUGGGACCGGUUCUGCUCUCCUUUACCGCUGAAGAAACUAUCUCUCAGGAGAAGCACUUCCGAGUGUUGCUUUGGCUUUCGACGGGAACGCUGCACAAAGUGAUCCCGGUGGCAAGUGUCGGCUCAAAUCCGUCCCCGAUCAAACUGGCCAAAUUGCUGUACAAUCGCCUCGAAGUAGACCGGUUCAAACCUGUCAUCAGCCCGGAUGCAUCCAGCAUGAUUGCGAGCUUCGAGAAAGACAUCCAGGCCGGCAAUCAUCUGUUUAGUGUCCUGCGGAACCGUUCAACUCCAGCUCUGACAGAAUUCCUCGAGUUUCUCGGCCAGCUUGUCCAACUGCGUGACCGCACGCUCGUUUUCACCGUGUUCGACGACAAGGACAUCGAAUUCCGCGUCACUUCCUGUGAUGACCCAACCCAGCCAAUGGUGGCGAUCCACUUUCAGGACCAUCCCGAACCCAACCCGAUGCACGCCCUGAUCGUGAUUCAGCCGGUCGCCCCCAACACCCGACACUGUCGAUACCGAGUCCAGGUCGGUGACGAUGAGUCGAAAAUCUUCGCCAAAACCCCCGAGCUGCGCGAAUUUAUUUUGACGAAGCUGAUCAACGCGGACGUGGCGUGCAAGGCGGAGGAAGUCCGGGGACCGUUGCUGAGGAAGCUGGUCAGGCAGUUGGAGCGGCAGACGCGCGAGUUUCUGGGUGACUACGGCGAAGAUCGGGAGGUUGGGCAGAAGACAGAGGUGGCGCGGCCACCGGCGCUGGAAGUUAAUACCUGGAAGUAUGCCCAGCUGCAAAGUUACCUGGAUGAUUACCGUAAGCUGAUGCGGUGGGCCCAGUGGAUGAAGGUGCAGAUCGGGAAGCGGGAGCACGGCGAUGAGGAGUAUCAGGAACGCAUCGCGGAAAAGUUUUCCGCGCUAGAGCAAUUUGGCGCCGAGUUGCUGCGGGUCAACAGCCAGGUUUCGCUCGAAAUCCAGCAGCAGAUCGAACCGGUGCAGGCGCUGGUCAGCCAGUGCAAACGUGACCUGAUGGGCCAGAUUUGUGGACCUCUCGUCCCCGCACCGGUUGCUGCACCAGUUCCGGUGCAAGUCGUUCAAAGGGAGAAAAAGGAGGAAAAGGACGAUGGGUCGUUGUCGGGCGAAGCGCUCGUCUACCAGAGGUUGGUGGCCGGAAUUGAGGACGAAGGCGAAUGGAUCAACCAGAAGGAGCGCUGGCUAAAGGAGCUCACGAUUGAGGACUCUGUAAGUUGUUUGGCGGAGAAGCAUGACGAGUUCAGGAAGGAGUUUGUCUCUCAUUGGGACAACUUCCAAGCCAUGAGCGCCGAGGGUCAAAAAUUGAGCGACGGCAGAUUCAGCGAGGCCAUCCGCUAUUUAUGUACGCUGCUACGUCCGUGGUUUGACCAGCUGCAGAAGAGCGCCACUCAAUCGCUGGUGCACGCGCUGACGACCGAUCUGGGCAACUCGAGUAUGGCCAGUGCGGCAGAUUCGGGUUUCCUCAGUGCGACCGACUCCAGCCUAGCGUCGCCCGAUUCGCCUCUCAGCAUUCUCAGCACGCUGGCCAAGUCGAUUCGCGUAGAUCGGAAGAACCUCUGGACGACCUGCGUGGGAAUGCGUCGCGCCUGGCUGUACAACAAGUUCCUGUACAUCUCGGAAGUGACGCUCGCGCAAAUCAUCGAAAUCGUUGGCUUUUUCCUCGACUACGUGGCGUCGCUGCUGCGCAAAGAUUUCCCCGAGGAAGACCUCGAAAAGAUCACCAAAAAGCUGGUACUCAAACACAUCACCGGACCGCUGUUCCGCUUCUUCCGGGAGGACAGACCGCGCGGAGAUCGGGACCUGGAAACGCUCAUCAAGAAGAGAGCGCUCAAGCAGAGGUUUAUGCAAACGUUCUCGCGCAAAACCAAGAUCGCCAACGAGGCGGCCAACCUGCUGCAUUUGUUGGCGCUGGACUUUGUGAUGUACUUCCGGAACAACACGCGCAAGCUGCUGGAUGGAUCGUACGUGACGCAGUUCGAGCACAUUGACAAGGCGCUGCGCGGGAUCGGGUUCGGGUUUCUUAUCAGGCCCGACGAGAGUGUUUGAUGAGUUUGUUUUGCGUUGCAAGGAUUUUUUUUUCGUUUUCGGUCAAAUUUUAUUUGAUGACGAUUUUUUGUUAUUUUUCUUUUUUGAGAGGACAAAUUAGCCUGGCUUGCUAACUGUUGUUAAAAAUAAUUUAAGAAAAUCUACUUUCUUUUACUGUAUUAACAAACGCAAAUUUAAAAUAAACUUGACAAACUUGAAUUUUCCAACCA